AUGGUGCUUGAACACUCUCGGUACCAGGAUCCAAGAACCUGGAAAAUGACUCCAGCCAUGCUCAGAGCCAGAAGGCCUUUUUUCAAGAAAAACUUGGUGGGUUUGGGAGCGCUGCUCCUAGUUACUGGUGGGAUCUACGUUUAUACAUACAGGUUUCUGAACAGAGACAACGACUUUGCAGACGUUCCAAUUCCACCUAUUGAUGCUAAGGAACUUGAACAGUUGAAGAAGGAGUACGAACAGCGUAAGAAAGACGUCCGUAAGGACUGA